UUCUCCUUAUAAAUAGAAACAAUCCAUGGGUCCUCACAAUAUCCAUAACUUGUAUCUGAUCUUACGGCAAUGGCAACCCUUCAGGCAUUCGAUGUACAAGAAGAAACGGAACGGCUCAUAUCAGAUGCACCACCGGCCCACUACCUUGUCAAGAUACAGUCAUUUUCACAGCUAGCAAAGAACGGCGUUGACAAGUACGAAUCAGACAUCUUCCUCGCAGGAGGAUACGAGUGGAAAUUGAUACUGCAUCCAAAUGGAAACAAGACCAAGAAUGUCAAAGACCACGUUUCGGUCUACCUGUCUAUGGCUGAAACAAGUUCGCUCCCUUCCAGUUGGGAGGUCUAUGCUGUCAUUCGAUUAUUCUUGCUCGAUCAGAACAAAGACAAUUACCUCAUAGUUCAAGAUGCAAUGGGAAAGGACAGACGGUUUCACCGUAUGAAGCUGGAAAGCGGAUUCGAUCAGCUCAUCCCUCUGAAGACAUUCACCGACUCCCUAAACGGGUAUCUUGUGGAUGAUACUUGCGUUCUGGGAGCAGAAGUAUUCGUUUCCAAGGAAAGGAGCAUGGGAAAAGGAGAGAGUUUAGUGAUGAUAAAGGACGCACUCAGUAACAAGCAUCGCUGGAAGAUCGACAACUUCUCGAAUUUGGACAAAGAAUAUUACGACUCGAGUAUAUUCCCAGCUGGAAACUACAAAUGGAACAUAAGGUUCUUUCCCAACGGAAAAGGCAGCGGGCUUCGUAGCUACAUUUCUCUUUAUUUGGACUUAGCCGAGACCGGGUCCCUCCCUCCAGGUACAAAAGUAUUUGCGGAGUUCUCCUUACGAAUCCUUAAUCAAGCGGGGGGAAGUGAUUUCAUUAGUAAAGCUAAUUACUGGUUCAGUGCCUCCAGUCGGGAAACGGGGUGGGCAAGAUUCGUGUCACUCUGGAGUUUCAAGCGCCACGGGUUAGUCAAGGACUCCUGCUUGGUGGAAGCAGAGGUUUCUGUUCUGGGGAUGGUAAAUCAUUUUACCGUAUCUGAUCUUCCGGCAAUGGCAACCCUUCAGGCAUUCGAUGAACAAGAAGGAACCGAAAGGCUCAUAUCAAAUGCACCACCGGCCCACUACCUUGUCAAAAUACAGUCAUUUUCACUGCUAACAAAGAACGGCGUUGACAAGUACGAAUCAGGCAUCUUCCACGCAGGAGGAUACAAGUGGAAAAUGAUACUGCAUCCAAAUGGAAACAAGACCAAGAACGUCAAAGACCAUGUUUCAGUCUACCUGUCUAUGGCUGAAACAAGUUCGCUCCCUUCCAGUUGGGAGGUCUAUGCUGUCAUUCGAUUAUUCUUGCUCGAUCAGAACAAAGACAAUUACUUCAUAGUUCAAGAUGCAAUGGGUAAGCACAGACGGUUUCACCGUAUGAAGCUGGAAAGCGGAUUCGAUCAGCUCAUCCCUCUGAAGACAUUCACCGACUCCCGAAACGGGUACCUUGAGGAUGAUACUUGCGUUCUGGGAGCAGAAGUAUUCGUCUCCAAGGAAAGGAGCACAGGGAAAGGAGAGAAUUUAGUGAUGAUAAAGGACGCACUCAGUAACCAGCAUUACUGGAUGAUCAACAACUUCUCGAAGUUGGACAAAGAAUAUUACAUCUCGAGUAUACUCCUAGCUGGAAACUACAAAUGGAACAUAAGGUUCUUUCCCAACGGAAAAGGCAGCGGGCUUGGUAGCUACAUUUCCCUUUAUUUGUACUUAGCCGAGACAGAGUCCCUCCCUCUGGGUACAAAAGUAUUUGCGGGGUUCUCCUUACGAAUCCUUAAUAAUGCCGGGGGAAGUGAUUUCAUUAGUAAAGCUAAUCACUGGUUCAGUGCCUCCAGUCGGGAAACGGGAUGGGCGAGAUUCGUGCCACUCUGGAGUUUCAAGAACCAAGGGUUAAGCAAGGACUCCUGCUGGGUGACGGCCGAGGUUUCUGUUCUGGGGGUUGUAAAUCCUUUUACCUGAUUCCAUCGAGUUCACGACAGCCAGCAUAAUUGCAUGUUCUCGUAAUAGUUCCUGAAUUCUGAUUUCAUAUACCACAUGUAAAUUAAUGUGAAUCCACCUUGAAAAUAGAGAAAAGAUUAAGAAAGAUAAGUUCCGCCGAAUAUUUGUUACGUACUUUCAGAGAGGUUUCAGUUAAUUGACAGAUUGCGUUACU